AUGAGUCAUGCUAUAAAAUACCCAGCAAAGCUCCUCGUCAUACAUAAACCUCAUACCUCAAAAUUUCAAAAUAUACGCCGGCCGGAAUACAAACCCACCCGAUUUAACCUCGUUUACAUCAAAACUUCGAGACCAACUGGCACAUCCAGCGUCUACGAGUGA